AUGCCUCUUGUUACCCGUUCAGGGCGUCGGACUAAAGCCCCACCACCGCCUGACUAUGUACGCACUUACGCGUCCAAGGACCAAAAGGCUGCUGAAUCUGAUGCCGAUGACAACCAGCAAACUUGCUCUCUUGCUGGCCCGAAGUCUGUCAUGAAUACCCAAAACCAAGACCGUCCACAUCCUCGACCCAAGGCUCGCCCUCUUCCAAGGUCCGAACGUUCUGAUCCCAUGACAUCAUCUGCUGAAGAAGAUAUUUUCUUCUCUAACUUCAGCAAACGCUCAUCACUUGGCAGGAAGAAGUGCAGUGACGUGAACGAAGGUCCCGAGGUCCAGUUGUCUGACACCGCUGACGGGUCCACAAAUGGUGCAGAUGGCGAUGUGCCAUCAGCUGGUCUCGACGAAGAUGGUACUAGUAAUGCUGCCAAUGAGGAUUCAGUGACGAACCACAGAGAGCAGACUGCAUUUCUAUCCGACGGUGAAUGUGGUGGUGCUACAGCGACAAACGAAGGGGAGAGAUCCGACGGUGAAUGUGGUGGUGCUGCAGCGACAGACGAAGGGGAGAGAUCCGACGGUGAAUGCGGUGGUGUUGCAGUGACAAACGAAGGGGAGAGAGACGCAGGUCUAUCUGAUGGUGAAUGUGGCGGCACUACUAAGAUGAACGAAAGGGAGACAAAUGAAGGAGAGAGAGAUGUAGGUCUAUCUGACGGUGAAUGUGGUGGCACUACUAUGAUGAACGAAAGGGAGAGAGAUGAAGGAGAGAGAGAUGUAGGUCUAUCUGACGGUGAAUGUGGUGGCACUACUAUGACGAACGAAAGGGAGAGAGAUGCAGUUCUGUCCGACGGUGAAUGUGAUGGUACUGCAGCGACGAAUAAACAGGAGAAGACUGCAGUUGCAUCCACGACCGUUCGCCCACGUAGAUCUGGUGCCCACAAAUUGUAUGCUCGUGGUCAUGAGAGUGAACCCGCAGAGAGCUCUGACUCUGACAGUGACUGGGCAGAACUCGAAGAGAAGCGAAAGAAAGCAGAACACGCUAAUGAUCCUGCAAGGCCAUUCAGACUGUCUGCGAAUGACAAGCAGAAGGGACGAGCGGUGGCAGACGACCAUGGUGACAAUGCCGAUGCUGAUCCCGAGGGCUGCGAUGAAGAUCAGAUGUCUGAAGAUGGGGAUGGGGCCACACAUAAAGCAGGAAGACUGUCCAAAGAAGGCAUUUUGAAAACGGAAGAAUUUGGCAAGAGAGUUAUGGCUGAAGCAACUGCAAUUGGAAAAGAGUUUGGGAAACACCGGAGGGAGAUUCUUAUCGAGGCAGGACUAGCGACGAAGGCAACUCGCAAAGAGUCUGCCUGGAACCAGCAUCAAGCCUGGUUCCCGACUGUACUACCUCCAUCCAAAGAACCGAACUUGGCAUCAUGGAAAGUCAAGCAAAAUGUGCACUAUCAUGCCCACCCAUACAAAGACCCUAACCACGCAUCCCUAUGGAAGAAAAUCCAACACCAUUGGGAUAGCAUGGUCGCCAGCCCUGAGGAUCUUUCAUCACGGGAGUCAUCCAGUCUCAUGACAGCAGUUCGUGAAGUGUUUGUGAAAUCGGCUUCAUAUUGGUACCGCACCCACGGAAUCCAUAUCGCUGGUAUCACCAUUUAUCCAGGAGAUGAGGAAUCUGGUCGGCAGGCCUCUGGCUUUUUUGCGGGGUCUAAUAUGGUGAAGGCUCUCAUUGACGCUCGACAAGUAGAUGUAAAGCACUUGAUAGAUGAGCUUACUACAAUCCUAAAAUACAAGGACUUGGAGGCUGCUCAAGCAGAAGGCAAGAGUCUCAGUUUUCUCCCACCACCUGUCGCAGUCCACAAUGCUCCCCUCUUGUGCAACGGCAAAUCCGCCAGGGAUAGAAAUUGCAUGGUGGCGCCUUUAAUCAUCAGUGAAGCAUUUGCUGAUGCUGGUCAUCCCUCUAAAAUGUCGAACAGCAGGUGGAUGAGGAUGCUUGACAUCCUUUACUCUAUGCAACUUUGCAUUCAUGACUGGCCAGCAGGAGUUCCACCCCCUGGCCCUGAUUUUGAUCUCAAAUUGCUGUCUGCGAGUCAAUUACGCGCCUUAGUGGGUCCAUAUCUCAGGAAGCAUCUCGGCGACAUGUAUGAGGCUGAGUUGGGCCGAGAUGAGGACGAGGACGAUGCAGAGAAAGCCACAAUGACAAAGCGGAAAGGUAAAUCAAAGAAGUCCAACGAGAAUCGCAGAACUCGUGGCACGGUUGUGCAGGAGCCCGAUGUCAUCUUAUCUAUCAAGGGGUGGACUCCUCGUCAGCUAUCAGACUUCGCUGGAUACUCUCGCAAGGUGUACUCAAUCCCUCUUGUUAUCGACACAGAUGGCAUCAUUUUACAUCAUCUGGAAGAGUCGGAGAAAUUUAUCAAGGACCUCCCUCCCCAUGUUACUGAGCGUUUAAACACAGGGACUUCACGCUCUAUUGGAGCUUCGCACUCUCACCAGGAAGCUUCGCGCUUGUACCCCGCAGCUCCGUGCUCCGACUAUCGGGCUCUGCGCUCCAACUCUGGGGCUUCGCGCUCACAACAUGGGGCUUCGCGCUCGAUUCCACCUGUCCCUAUUCACACUGACCAUGAUGAACUCCUGGAUCACAGCAUUCACUCAGAUGAGUCCGACGACGAUCUCCCACUGUCAUCUCCACCACUGUCAUCUCCUCAUGCGACCCCUCAAGGUUCGAAUGUAGCAGCAGGACGAUACCAGUACAACUGCGUACAUGAAGAUAUCCGCCGCUCAAUAGCCUCUGAGACUAGGAAAUGGACUCAUGAUGAUUAUGAAAGUGCAAGGGAGGCUGACGACAUUGAAACGGGAAUGGUGGCUGCGAGAUAUCGGAGCAGGACCCAUGACAGGGCAAGCAUGGGUAUGAGGUCUACCAAGGGUCACAAUCAUCCUAAGCCAUACGUUCGUGCCUCAUCAAAGGCACGCAUGGGACCUGCCCCGAACCAAAACACUACGCACUUGCCAUCUCGUUUGGCAGUUGUGCCAUACUCUGAGGGCUCUCCAUCUUCGCACCAAUAUGCCUCACGUCUUCAGCCUGCUCAUGUCCUGGAUCGCCGUUUACUUCCUCUUGUAGAUGAGGAUGAAUUUGAGUAUAACUGA